AUCCGUCCCCAUUUCCCUCGCAAUUCAGAAACCCACGCACGAACACAUUCCCUCACAAACCCGAUUACCUAACAAACCCUAUUCCCGCACACCAUACCGCAGCGAUUGCCGCCUACACACCGGAGCGUCUGCCGCCUGCACGCCGGAGUUUCAGCCGCCUUCUACACACUGGUGCUGCCGCUACACUGCAGCGUUGAACCUUUAGCCACCUCUCAAAUAACCCACAACAGGGCUAUUUUGACAGCAAUAUAUGCUCUUGUAACCAGUUUUGGAUUUGAUUCUUGAUGAAAUGGAUCGUAGUUGGAUAUCAACAACAAAGCCAGGUGACCCUAAAUAUCUAGCGGGUGUUAGACAAUUUGUAAACUUUGCUGUUAAGAAUAGUCAAUUGGAUUCUAAAUUACCUUGUCCAUGUUAUAUGUGUCAUAACUUAAUGCAUUGGAUGUUAGCAAUUAUUAGUCCAUGGAAGGGAUUGGUUUAUUGGUUAGAUCCUGAUGGUGUAGAAAAUGAAGUGCGUGAACAUGCUCGUAAAAUUAUUUAUGAGGGGCUUGUGAAGUUUAGCAUGGUCCAUCGAAAGGAUCUCAAAAAAAUUAAAAAGAAUCCUAAAGUUGGUUGGAACAAACUAAAAUUAAGUGUCCUCGUCAACCUCAAGACGCCAAAUACUGUGGAUAUUAUGUAUGUCGUUAUAUGCUUGAGACUAUUGAAAGUAGGCAACAACUGAUUUUGGAGGAGGUAAGUAUUCGUCAAAAAUUUAUAUCAAACAUUACGAUAUUGGUAUUAAAACACAAUGACAUUUGGAUAUAAUAUUGAUGGAUUGGAUUUUUGGCAUCAAUGUGCACCUUCUCUUUCUUGGCUGCAUUUUAUAGGUCUUAUGAUUACAUGUUGUUGUGAUGUUUCUAGCAGCAAGAUGGUUACCAAAAGUAGAGUUAGUUGACUGCAUACAAGUGAUUAUCACAUAUAUAUAUAUAUAUAUAUAUAUAUAUAUAUAUAUAUAUAUGUGAUAAUAACUAUGUAGAGCAUAAGAGGAAAAUGGAGAGAUAAUAUGAGCAACAUAUGAAUGAAUAGUGUCAUGAUAAACCAACAACCACUAUACUAACCAAAACCCCACAAGAUAAUGUAAUUCACACCAACACCGCCAUUACAUAGCUAUCCUCUAGGUCAAGAGAGAGAAUAUUUGGCUCAUGUGGAGUUUAAAUAGCAUGGCUACAAAAGAAAAGGUAAAGACAAAAACUUGGCUUAACCUAAAGUCAAUUUAACCUCCAUAGUAGGCUAUUUGGUUAUGUAGUUUAAAUCUAACAAACAUGUUAUCAUCCCUGAUCUUUGGAAAGGCAGACUAUAUUGGAGGAGAACAGACACAAUACUUAGACCCCCUAACUAGCACUCAAGAUGCAUGGAACUCACAAAGGAGUCCAAGAAGGCUCAAUCCUAACCAGCUAGUCAAAAUGUGCCUCAAUAGGUAGUUCUUCAAGCCACCAACAAAGGAAACCCAGAUCCCCCAAGCAGGUGGAAAAUAGUCAAUCACUUGGUCCCAAACAGGCACAAGGCUAGGGAAAUAUGAAUAUGCAUAACACCACAUAUGUACACACCAAAAGCUUGCAUGCUAGUUUUACAAUUCAAACAUUUCAUUAAAAACAAAAACAAGACAUAAACUAGACAAACUAUCAUGCGAAAACUAUAACAGAAACCAAGACAAUAGUGACAAUAAUGCAGAUCUUUCGAAGCUUUGAAAACGCAGGAACCCACCCCCAAGCCAGCUCAAGAGCUGUCUCGGCACUUAUACAAGGUGAAUAAGAAAAUCGAAAGGGAGAAAGACCAGCAUUAUUGGAACUAUUAGGAAGGAAACAAGCAAUCAAACAAAACAUCGGGUUAUCCCUUGCAAGUACUUUUGUUUAACGUCAUUAAGUUCUACACAACUAACCACCAGCUUAAACUGAAAAACAAGAGAAAGAAACCAUACUUGAGCUAGGAGUGAGCACUCCUAGCAUCUUUAUCGCCUCCAGAGUGGUGACCCAAAACUCUCUACCAAGAAGUAGUGGCGGAGGUGAGCAAUGUAGAACCGGGGUCAUCCGGCGAUGGACUAAAAUGUGGGGCUCCCCCAAGCCAGGGUGGAGUCAUCUUCCUUUUUUUGGAUUUUUCUUUUUCUUACCCGCUUCCUCGUUGGGGUUUGCUUGUCAGCAUCCUCAACAUCGUCAUCAUCAUUAUUCACAAGAACGAACUCCUUCUCCUUCUUAACACAAACAUACUUCUUCAUCUUCGCCUCAUCAUCAAAAUUCUCCUCAUCAUACACCGAGGCAACAAGAACAUCAUAACCCUCAACCUUCCCUUCAAUCAGACUCUCCAAAAUCUCAAGAGAACAAAGUUGCUCGACCAUGGGCUCUUUUGAAGACUUUGCAGAAGCGAAUACAACCUUCUCUUGAGCUACCCCAAUGGUGAUAGUCUUCGAUUCGCAAUCAAUUAGGGCACCCAAGGUCUUUAAAGCAUCUCUCCGAAGAAUGUAAGAAUGUAAGGAUCCUCGACCAUGUCUAGCACAACAAAAUCACAUGGGACCACGACGUUUCCCACUUGGAUAGGUAGAUCCUCGAACUACCCACAUGGCAUCUUAACACUUCAGUUGGCGAGUUGGAUGGUUUUCCUUGAUGGCUUGAGCUUAAAAGCAAGUUGCUUGGCAAUAGACAUCGGCAUGAGGCUAAUCGAGGCUCCUAAAUCAUCGAGUUCUCCCUUAGAACUGAGUUUCCCAAGAGUGACCGGGAGCACAAAGGGUCCUCGAGCCUUUUCCUUUUUGGCCCCUGUGCCUUAGAUGAUGGCACUAACAUGUUCCGAUAAAUUGACCACCUCGCUCUCAAGCCUCUUUUUGUUUCCCCAAGAGAGUCUUCAAGUACUUGGCAUAUUGAGGCAUUUUCUCCACAGCCUCCAAGAACGGGAUAUUCAUUUCAAGUUGCCUCAUAUGCUCAAGAAGCUUAAGAAAUUUGGCUUGCAAUUGUUUUUCCACUGCUUUUAAUGGGAAAGGUUUUUGGCCUCGAUUUUACUAAUCGAACACACAUCCAAACUGCAAAUGGAGAAUUUGUUGGUGUGGCUCGAUUGGCACUGUUGAUAUUUCUCGGUCUAUCCACUUAAAAAAUUGUCUCCUCAUUUCUAGUUUAUCUCAUAAGUUAUUAUAUGUUAGUCAAUUGACUAAAGAAAUUAAUUGUACUGUUCUUAUGACUUCAGAGGGGUGUAUUAUGCAGGAUG